ACAUUGAUUCUUGAAGAAUGGAGUAGAGAGCGCAUCCAGGUCCCGCCCCACUGACCGUAGCGAAGCGAAUGUGGAAGAGAAGGAGAUCUGAUAAACCCCGACGCCGUAAACAAAUUCCAGCGACUCUUUUGAUCGGGAAAACCGAGGCGAAUCGCUUUUUCCACUUUUCACCGAGAGAGUUAGAGCUUAAUAAGAUCUUGUGAACAGUUUCGAAGAAAGGCAGAAACAGGAAUAAACAUGUCGAGGUACAGGGAUUCAAAUCCAGACUGCAAGAUAUAUAUCGGCGAUUUAGGUAGUUCUGCCAAUAAGCAAGAUUUAGAAGAUGCGUUCGCUUAUUAUGGACCAAUUAGGAGUGUUUGGAUAGCAAGGAAUCCGCCAGGUUUUGCUUUUGUUGAGUUUGAGGAUGCGAGGGAUGCUGAAGAUGCUGUCCGAGGGCUUGACGGGCGGAAUGUUUGCGGAAGGAGGGUAAGAGUUGAAAUGUCAAAUGGAGCGAGAAGGAGAGGGGCAAUGAGAAGAGGAAGGCCCUUCCACCCUGAGGAUAAAUGCUAUGAAUGUGGCGAGAGAGGGCAUUAUGCUCGCGAUUGCUCAAAAUACAAUAAAAGGAGUAGACGCAGGACAAUUUCAAGAAGUAGAUCUCGUUCCAGGUCUCGUGACAGGAGGAGCCGCUCUAGGAGCCACUCAAGAUCAAGAUCAAGGAAUAGGACCAGGAGCCGUUCCAUCUCUCGCUCUAGAAGCAGGAAUCAUGAUUCAAAGGACAGGAAUGGCAAUUAAAACAUCUUGGAAGGCGCAUUGAUUUGUAAAAUAUCUGUGCCAUUUAGGCUUUCUUGUAUUAAACAUGUAUUGAAUUAUAAUUACGUAUUUUAUGGAUAUGUAGCUGUUGUUAGAAAAUUACGAUUGAUUUGUCGUAUUCAAGCUAAUAGUUUCAGCUAGUGCAGUCUUAAUUUUUAAUUGAAUGGUUUAUUAAAAGGUUGACUGAAUUUAGUUUUAUUUGGUAUUUUAUUAAGUGUGUUGCUUUGAUUUAAAUUGGUCUUGUUUUUGCAAACAAGACAACGUUGACGAAGUUCAUGCAUAAAAAGGUAAAAAUUGCUUAUAACUAAUUUUUAAAAUAUCUUUUCUUUUUUUUAGACAUAGUCCUUAUGUUUUAAGAUAAACCAAAUAAACAUUUUAUAUCAAUACAUAUCUGCUAAUUA